CUAAUCCUCUUCACUUUUCCACUCCUCCCCUUACCUCCCUUCUCUUCUGAAUUCUCCAUUCUGGGCUCUUGCCUGUGAAAUCUUUCGUCGCUUUCCCCAUCUUUUCUUCGCAUUUUUUCACCAUCUUUCCCUCAGUUUCCAGGAGCCAAUGCGAGACUUUGGCUCCGAUUAAGCGACGGCCCGAGACUCGGGGUGCGCGAGGAGGAUCGACAGAGUGCCAAAGAUGAGACAAGUCAUUGAAAUACAAAAUGAUCUUGCAAACACAGGACAGUUGACAAUUCUGUCACUUGGAGCAGAGGAAAGACUGGAGUUGAAGGGCAGAAACAGGGUGAUGGAGAGCACCCCUUCAAGGGGACUGAACCGAGUACACCUACAAUGCAGGAAUCUGCAGGAAUUCUUAGGGGGCCUGAGCCCUGGGGUAUUGGACCGAUUAUAUGGGCACCCUGCCACUUGUCUGGCUGUCUUCAGGGAGCUCCCAUCCUUGGCUAAGAACUGGGUGAUGCGGAUGCUCUUUCUGGAGCAGCCUUUGCCACAAGCUGCUGUAGCCCUGUGGGUAAAGAAGGAAUUCAGCAAGGCUCAGGAGGAAAGUACAGGGCUGCUGAGCGGCCUCCGGAUCUGGCACACCCAGCUGCUCCCAGGCGGGCUCCAGGGCCUCAUCCUCAACCCCAUUUUCCGCCAGAACCUCCGCAUUGCCCUUCUGGGUGGGGGGAAGGCCUGGUCUGAUGACACAAGUCAGCUGGGACCAGACAAGCAUGCCCGGGAUGUUCCCUCCCUUGACAAGUAUGCCGAGGAGCGAUGGGAGGUGGUCUUGCACUUCAUGGUGGGCUCCCCCAGUGCAGCUGUCAGCCAGGACUUGGCUCAGCUCCUCAGCCAGGCUGGGCUCAUGAAGAGUACUGAACCUGGAGAGCCGCCCUGCAUUACUUCCGCUGGCUUCCAGUUCCUGUUGCUGGACACGCCGGCUCAGCUCUGGUACUUUAUGUUGCAGUAUUUGCAGACAGCCCAGAGCCGGGGCAUGGACCUAGUAGAGAUUCUCUCCUUCCUCUUCCAGCUCAGCUUCUCUACUCUGGGCAAGGAUUACUCUGUGGAAGGUAUGAGUGAUUCUCUGUUGAACUUCCUGCAACAUCUGCGUGAGUUUGGGCUUGUUUUCCAGAGGAAGAGGAAAUCUCGGCGUUACUACCCCACGCGCCUGGCCAUCAAUCUCUCGUCAGGUGUCUCUGGAGCUGGGGGCACUGUGCAUCAGCCAGGCUUCAUUGUGGUGGAAACCAAUUACCGACUGUAUGCCUACACGGAGUCGGAGCUGCAGAUUGCCCUCAUUGCCCUCUUCUCUGAGAUGCUCUAUCGGUUCCCCAACAUGGUGGUGGCGCAGGUGACCCGGGAGAGUGUGCAGCAGGCAAUCGCCAGUGGCAUCACAGCCCAGCAGAUAAUCCAUUUCCUAAGGACAAGGGCCCACCCAGUGAUGCUCAAACAGACACCUGUGCUGCCCCCCACCAUCACAGACCAGAUCCGGCUCUGGGAGCUGGAAAGGGACAGACUCCGGUUCACUGAGGGUGUCCUGUAUAACCAGUUCCUGUCGCAAGUGGACUUUGAGCUGCUGCUGGCCCACGCGCGGGAGCUGGGCGUGCUCGUGUUCGAGAACUCGGCCAAGCGGCUCAUGGUGGUGACCCCGGCCGGGCACAGCGACGUCAAGCGCUUUUGGAAGCGGCAGAAACACAGCUCCUGAGAGCGCGGGACUUGGACCUCGGCGGGCGGGACCGGGCGGGGGCGGGGCCUCAGAACUCAGGUGUUUUUUAUUUACGCGUCAGGGCUUUUCUUGUCUAAUAAAGUCGUGAUAGCUAGCA